AUGUGUGCCUCGGCACCGCCACGAACACAGGGCUUCGCUCCACCGGGCAGCUUCGGGCGAGCGCACGGAGCCGGGGACUCUUUCUACUGCGCCGAGCGCCGAUUAGCGGCAACAAGCCUGGGCGAAAGCACGUCAGCGGCGUCAACACCGGGCCGGCGUGAACGCCGAGCGGCAGCAGCGGUUUCGCGCUGUAGCAUGGCGUCCAGCAGCCGAAAGGCGGCGGCAAGGCCGGGGGUAGCGGCGAGGUCGGGAGCGGCGAGAGCGGCGGCGUCGGCGACGCGAAAGCGGGGCCGAGAUAGGGUGCCGCCGUCGUCGUCUAGCGCGGGGGUAGCGGUUAAGGAUAGGGCCGCCACUGACGUGGGGGCAGUAGACAAGCAAUCGCGGGCAAGGGGGGCAGGCUCGCAAGCAACAGCACCGACCGCAGCUGCGAAGGGAGGAGGAGGAGGAGGAGGAGGGGCUUUGGCGAACCCGCCGCCGCCGGCGAAGGGCUUCAGAAGAAAAAACAGCGGCGGCGGCGGCAAGAAAAAGAAGACCACCGCCGCCGCCGCCGCCGAAUCGAAGGCAGGAGCGGCGGGAGGAGUUGCACCACCUUCGAAGGACGUUUCGCCUUCCGUCCCCGCUGUGACCGUCUCCGCCCCGUCGUCGUCGUUGUCGUCGUCGUCGUCGUCUGACGCUAACCCCCUCAACGUGUACUUCAAGACCCUCAAGAAGAUCAAGCUGCUAAAGCCCGACGAGGAAGUUGUCCUUGGACGACAAAUCCAGAGAGGCCUCCAGCUCGAGCGCGUCCGAGAUCGUCUCGAGACCACCCACGGGGCGGCCCCUUCCUGCGAGGAGUGGGCCUCGACGCUCCACCUCACCAAGGACGAGCUGCUGCGGGAGCUUGCGGUGGCGGACGAGGCCAAGGAGCACAUGAUCUCGGCGAACCUCAGGCUCGUGGUGAGCAUGGCGCGCGGCUACCGGGGCCGGGGGCUGGCGUUCCCGGACCUUAUCCAGGAGGGCACCAUGGGCCUGGUGAAAGCGUGCGAGAAGUUCAACCCGGAGAUGGGCUUCCAGUUCUACACGUACGCGAGGUGGUGGAUCAAGAAGAGCAUCUUGACAGGCAUCGCGAACCAGAGCCGAGUUAUUCGGUUGCCCACUCAAGUGCACGCCUUUCUGAGCUCCAUCCGGAAGUACACGUACGAGCUUACGGUGGAUGGGAAGGUGCCCACGGACGAAGAGCUCGGCGACAAGCUCGGGGCUACCGUUGAGAAGAUUCAGCACUACCGUCAGGCGGCCCUGCGUACAGACAGCAUCAGCCUCGACAUACGUGCUUCGAACAAGGUGUCCGACGGUGCCGCUGACGACCUGGGGACCCAGAUCGGCGAGAAGAGCACCCCCGACCCGGAAGACGCGACGCAGGCGUUCUACAUGAAGGGGAAGGUGACGGCGCUGCUGGCCACGCUAAAAGACCGGGAGCAAAAGGUGGUGCGAGCGCGCUACGGCCUGGACGGUGCCACCUCCAAGACCCUCGAAGAGAUCGGGCGGGAUCUGGGGCUCACGCGCGAGCGCGUGCGGCAGAUCGAGUCGAAGGCGCUCUCCAAGCUUCGGCAGCCGUACCGCAACUACCGCGUCCGGGAGCACAAGGUCGGCCAGAUAUUCGUGGACGCGGGUCUGCGAGAGCCGGCCAGCGAGGCCGUCGCGGCGGCGAGGGCGCUAAUCGCGGAGGCGGAGGGCCUGGAGGCGAAGCAGCGGCAGCCGGCGAUCAACGUGGAUGAGGGCGGCGCCGCCGGCGGCCUUGCCGCUGCCGGGGACCGGCCGCUGAAGAUCGAGUUUAAGGCCGGCGUUGACGCGUCCGAGUCGACGCAGGCGGUGGAGGCGGUACUCGUGGCGGCGUUGGACCGAGCACCGGCGACGGAGGCGGUGCCUGCGAAACGGGAGAGCGGGGGCAGGAGCGGCAGCAAGAAGGCGGCGGCGGUGUCGGCGGCGGCGGUGGUAGCGCCUUCUAAGAGAAAGGCCGAUGAGGUGAAGGUUAGCGGCCACCCGGCGGACGAGGAGACGAACGGGCUGCGGGUAGAGGGGUCCGAGAAGGCCGGCAGGGUUGGGGCGGGGUUAGAAUUGCCCGCCCUGGCCGUCACUCCGGCCGGCAAGCUAGACGUCGAGUCCAAGCGAAGGUUGGCGGAUCGGGGGGAGUCCACGCACGUGGGCGCUACUAUUAGGCUAGGCGCAGGGUUGGACGCAGCGGGAGGGGGUGACGCACACCGCAGCAACGGGGGGGGGCAGUCGGACUCGCCCGCCGCGGCGGCGGCGGUGCUUUCGGCAGAGGAGCAGCGAGCGCUAGAGAUCGAAUCCAAGCGCAAGUCGCUCAACAAGGCGUGGAACAAGAAGUCGGAGGCUGCGGUGGACAGGCUGGAGCGGGAGCUGGCGCAGUCCGCCGCUGCGCUUGCUAUGCUUGAGGGGGAGCAGGAGGAGUGGGAGCGGAGCGUGGGGAGGGGGGUAGAAGAGAAGUCGCUUAGCCUGGCUUCGUUGUAGCGGUAGCGGGUGAAAAGGUAGAGCGGCCCUGCCUGUCGUUUUCGGUGUACCUUUUUUUGUCCGGGGGAGCACGGCCGUGAAAAGUGGUUGCUCUGAUGAUGGAUGUGAGUUGUGUUUUUCUCUUUUUCCCUUUAUUUGCUGUUUUGGUUUGCAGCAUCGACGUACCCACAGGGGCCUCCAGCGCAUGAUGCUCUUGUUCGUUUUUAGAGGGUUUGUUCGGUGUUGACUAUUUUUCACGUUCGAAUAGAGUGGUGAGAGUUGAAAGCAAAUGGAUGGUACGUGGUAUCGCGAGUACCUCUCCGCGGUGCCCCCCCCUCGCUCUCGCCUCCCUUUUUGUUUCCACGUUUGAAUAUUCCCGGAUGAACAGUUAUGGGUUAUGGGUGUG